AUGUCUGGCAAGUGGCGGUGGAAGGAAAAUGUUGGCAGAAUAUCGGGUCGUCUGCUAUAUUUCAUGUAUCGUUAUUCGGCUUUCUUUGGCGUGUUUAGCUUUGGUGUGAAAAGAAAUGACGAAGCCGAUUGUACUCCUCUGGUGGCCUACAAACGCAACUGGUUCAAAUGGUUCUGCUUGUUGACCCGAUUCCUAUGCAGUUCCCUCUACUGUUACUUCUAUGGGGUAUGGGCAUUACGUGUCUCUCAUGGUUAUUUGACGAUGCUGUUUGAAAUGCGUUUGCUGGGUUGCCUGAUCUGUACGAUUUGCAUCUUUGUGUUGCAAUUGUUCUACCAUCAAAAGAUCAUAGAUUUGGUCAAUGGAUUCUUCAGGCUCUUUGGCAGAAUACAUGUAUUAUCUGGUGGACAGAAUAAUGGCUUUGGAAAUAGACUGGAGAUGAUACUAUUAAGUACAAAAUUGCUAUCAUUGGCUUAUAUCAUUUGUUUGCUUCAUCUAAAGGUCACACCAAUGGCAAUUUUAACCAUUCUGUGUGACAUUUAUACAUCGGUGGGAACAUCAAUGAUAAUGCAUGCUUGUUUUGUGGGUUAUCUAAGCAUUGGUGUCCUCUACUCGAAACUCAAUCAGUUUGCCUACAAGGAGUUUCAUUCUGGAAAACCUCAAAGUCUACGUGAAUCUAGAGCCAUGAGAUUACGCUUAGAGGAAUAUUUGGACAUUUACGAUGAGAUACAAGAAAUCUCUAGCAAGUUUCAGCGAAUUUUUGAAGUACCACUCUUUCUGACCUUGGUACAGAGUUUAUCGACAAUGGCCCUGAUCUCCUAUGACGUUAUAAUACGCAAUGGUUUUCGUAAUUUAAAUCUAUGGGGUCUGCUCAUCAAGAUGUUUGUUGAUGUAUUACUUCUUACUCUAGCAGUGCACAGUGCUGUGAGUAACUUUCGAGUGAUACGUCGACUAAGUCUGGAGACCUAUUUUGUAAAUCAAUCCAAACACCAACAUAGAGAUAUGGAAAUGUUUCUAAAUCGCUUGCAUUUUAAUGAUCUACGUGUACGACCAUUGGGUCUUUUUGAUGUUUCCAACGAAUUGACAUUAUUUUUUCUAUCCGCUAUGAUCACCUAUUUGGCCUUCUUAUUACAAUAUGGAGUGCAGUUAGAACAAUUUUGA